CUACUAACGACAUUUUAAAAAAUAAUAUUUAAAAUCGAUAAGCUUAUAGGUAUAUAAUUUCAAACACCGAAGCUGGCUUAACAGUGAAAUGAAAAUGAAAUCUUUAUCUAUAUCAGUAGCUUUGUUGGCUGCUUUUGACGCCUACAAAUGCCAAAGUUCUCCGGAAAUUGUUCCUGUCAAUGGAGGCGUAAGUGGUAAUGGCACCACCACACGGUAUUGGGAUUGCUGUAAGCCAUCUUGUGGUUGGUUAAUACCGGAAACCAACGAACAGGUACCAGUCCAAUCGUGUGCCGUUGAUGGUGUGACCCCAAUUGAUAGCAAUGCUCAGUCCGGUUGUGAUGCCAGUGGUUCUGCAUACACGUGUACCAAUCAGCAGCCGUGGGUAAUCAACGACACCCUUGCUUAUGGAUUUGUAGCAGCUUCCUUUACGGGUGGAGUAGAUAAUCACAAAUGCUGUGCAUGUGUCCUGCUGUCCUUCCAAGGUCAACUAGAAGGUAAACAACUUCUGGCUCAAAUAACCAACACAGGUGACCCAUUGGCUGAAAACCACUUCGACAUAGCUCUGCCCGGAGGUGGGGUUGGAAUUUAUAACUUGGGAUGCAUUAGUCAAUGGAAUGCACCAGAAAAUGGUUGGGGUGAAAGAUACGGCGGAAUAAACUCCGAAACUGAAUGUUCCGAACUACCUGACGCUCUUCAGCCUGGCUGUAAAUUUAGAUUCGAAUUCAUGGAAGGAGUACCUAACCCACCAGUUACAUUCUACGAAGUUCAGUGUCCACGAGAAUUGUCGGAAAUUACAAACUGUGUUUCAGCUUAAUAAAUUUCUGUU